UUUCACUCUCUACACCAAAUCUCUCUUUCUCAUCUCUCUUUCUUUUCUUAUAAGAAAGAGCAAAAAAGCUUACUUCGUUUUACUAUUUCUAUAAUUCUGAAUUCCACACGAACAGAGAAAAAGAAAGUGAACGAAUAAAAGUUUAAAGUAAUCUUUGUCUCCAUGGCUGCUGAGAAGAAGAAGAAGAAACAUUUACACGAGCUUCUUGAAGAUGACCAAGAGCCUUUUCAUCUCAACCAUUACAUCUCCGACCUUAGGUCUCAGAUGGGCUGCUCUGAGUUGCGUGUCAAGAAACGAAAGUCCGAAAACGCCGCAGUUCUACCUCAUGGUUUCUUCUCAUGCGAGAGCUCUUGUUUCUCCGCGACACAUACUAAUAAAUCUCCUCUCUGUGAGCUACGGUCUCCAGCGAAUAAGAAGGUUCGCGACGCUCUUCAUAUUCCGGCGAGAACCGCCGCAAUUCUACUGGAAGCGGCGGCGAGGAUUCAAAAGCAGCAGACGGAGAAGGCUAAUAAGAGCAAAAACAGAGGUCGGAACAGAGGAAACGCGUUUGGUAUGUUUGGCUCUGUUUUGAAGCGGUUGACUAACCUUAAAGGGAAACCACGUUUGGACAACGCUGAUAGAAACGCGGUUUUGUCGGAACCGACGUGUAGGAGUAGCAGCAGUCGAGAGCGUUUGGUUGAGAUUGGCGAUAAGUAUUUUUGUGAGAGCCCUUUUCAUUUCGUUCUCCAUACAACUCCUUCUACUUCCGGCCACCGGACCCCCCACUUCACGUCGACGGCUACUUCUCCGGCGCGACGCAGUACAGAGGACGAAGGUAGCGAUGAGACAGCGAGCUUGGAGAAAGUGAGAGGACAAGAAGAAGAAGAGGAACAAUGUAGCCCUGUUUCUGUACUUGACCCUCUUGAGGAAGAAGAGGACGACAAGGACCACCACCAACAAGAGCCUGACCAUCUCAAUCUCCUCUCGUGCAGCUUUGAAGUUGUACAACGAGCGAAAAGGAGGCUACUCAAGAAGCUUCGUAGAUUCGAGAAGUUAGCAAGGCUGGAGCCGGCAGACCUUGAAGGGAAGAUGUCAGAAGAAGAAGAAGAGUGUGAAGAGAGCGAGGAAGACGAUAACAUAAGGGUAUAUGAUUGGGAUGAAGAAUAUGAGGACGUGGGUGAAGCUAUGGCUCGAGAGAGCGGAUGCAUGCAAGAGGAGAGGCAGAAGAAGUGGAGAAUGAUGAAUGCAUGGAGUGUAGGGAUGGGUGCGGAUGAAUACGUGGACGCGGUGGUGCAGAAAGAUAUGAGAGGAGAGGCCGGACAGUGGACAAAACACGGUGGAGAAGUGGAGGAGACCGUCUCUGAUCUCGAGCUCUCUAUCUUCUUGUUCUUGAUUGAUGAAUUUUCCCACGAACUUGUCUCUUUUCCUUCAUGAACAUAUAAUGAAAUUUGUUAGAGGCAGGAAGAUUAGUAUAUUUCUAGAUAUCUUUGACUUGAUAAACCGAAUUAACCUAUAUA